CAUACCGACAGUUCUUAGAGUCAGAUCUACAAUAGCCAACAAAUGUAAGAACAGACAAGAUAUGUAUAAGUCGCUUAAUCUGUCACAUAAUGAACAGCGAUGAAAUCGCUCGUGUAAUCAAUCAAUUAUGACGAUACCACCUAUGAUAAUGGGAUUAUCUGAGAAGUAUAUAUCAAUCUCUUACAAUACCAUGUAAAAUUCAUUACCUUAAAACUGUUUAUGGAAAGAAGCGAUAAUAUUUAUAACCUUAAUAACGUGACAUGUGACAUUUAAUAAAUAAAUAGGUUUUAUCUAUUGAUAAUUUUGUAAAAUACUGUUAACAAUGUCUGACAGUAUUUUAAACGAAAAAGCUGAGAAUUGUGUUUCUCAUGAUCCUGAAUAUGACGAUACACUGGGUGUACCUGAUUCAUUAGAAAUUACUAUAAAUGAAAAUGAAAAUAUUAAUUCUAAUAAUGAUACUGAUAAUAGUGAACGUCCUGGUGUGAUACCUUUUUCUGCUAUACACGACUUACCAAAAAAUUUUAAAAGCCAGUAUCGUAAUGUUUUUAUUCCUGGUGAAGAAGUGCAUGUGGACAUUAUAGACAAUGAACGUAGCGUAACGACACAUCCAUUGAAUCCAAAUUUGUACACUAUCGAAUUUAGGCAUGGACCAUUUAUUUGGACAAUUAAGAAACGAUACAAACAUAUCCAAAAUUUGCAUAAUCAAUUGAAAAUAUAUCGCACCAGUUUAAAUAUACCUUUCCCAACUAAAAGUCACAAAGAAAGAAGAACUAGUUUGAAAAGUUUGGGGGAUACAAAAGAAGGGAAAGGUCGUAAAGGUGCACUACCAAGAUUUCCAAAUAAGCCUGAUGUUUUAGUACCUUAUGAGCAACUAGAACAUAGGAAAAAAGUAUUAGAAGAGUACUUAACUAAUUUAUUAAAAAUAAAAAUUUAUUUGCAUCAUCCAGAAACAGUCGAUUUUUUAGAAAUCUCACAUUUGUCAUUUAUAGAAGAUUUAGGAAUGAAAGGCAAAGAAGGAAUUGUUUUAAAACGAACUGGAUCAGGUGCAAGAAGUAGAUGUAACUUUUGUGGUCUUCUUGAGGGCAUGUGUUGUAUUAGAUGUACUCAUUUCUGCACAUUUCUAUGUAGGAAAUGGCAUUCUCGACAUCUUGUUGUUAAAGAUACUUUUGUUGCCUAUAUUGAACCGGAAAGUGGUAGCAUUAAAUCGGUGAUUCUAAUGGAUAAUGGUUUCGGAAUCAGUUUUGGUCUGUAUACAACAGGAUUAAGAAAUGGUAUACAAAUAGUAAAUCUCAGUAGGCACAUACUAAUUAAGUGCUGGACAAGAAGAAAGGCUAAAGAAUGGCUGGAAUUCAUACAAGAAGUUAGUAACAGGGAAGGUCGAGACUUUAUACAAUCGAAUCCGCACAACUCGUUUGCACCUUAUCGUUCCCCUAUUCCAGCCACAUGGUUUGUAGAUGGAUCAAGUUAUAUGUCUGCUGUUGCAGACGCGUUAGAAGAUGCAAAAGAAGAAAUUUUUAUUGCAGACUGGUGGUUAUCACCUGAGAUUUAUAUGAAAAGACCAGCUAUUCAUAGUGAUUACUGGCGAUUAGAUAACAUUUUACAAAGAAAAGCUUUUGAAGGAAUCAAAGUAUAUAUAAUGAUCUAUAAAGAAGUAGAAGUUGCACUGGGCAUAAACAGUUUCUAUAGCAAGCAACGUCUAGUUGAAAAAUGCCCUGAAAAUAUAAAAGUAUUACGUCAUCCAGAUCACGCGAGAGUGGGGGUGUUUCUGUGGGCACACCACGAAAAAAUUGUAGUUGUUGAUCAAAGUAUUGCUUUUCUUGGAGGAAUCGAUCUAUGUUAUGGUCGAUGGGACAACAAUGAACAUAGAUUAAUAGACUUAGGCAGCACCCAUCAUUCCAGUAUUUAUAUUCCAUCUAAAGGUAGAUUUACCAAUACCAGCAGUAAAAAGGUAUCAAAUGCCAAUGUAAAGAAGCAUGUUUUAUUACCAUUGGCUAUUGCAACUAAUACAGUUGUGAUGGCUACUACCAAAUCUAUACCAGUGUUGCCAAUUAUAAAUAAUAAGACGUCGAUAUCACCAUUCUCGACAUCACAGUUAAAUGCUGGUGAUUUAUUACUAUUACAACCAAUAGAAGAAUCAGAUACUAUGAAAUGUGAUACACCUAAUCUGGAACGUAAAAAUUUAUUUGGGAUGGCAAAAGACACCAUGGAUAGAAUGAAACACAGUAUUAAGUUGAAAAGACAAGAAUUAAUUAAUAUGGUGUAUAAUCCACAUGAAGAAGAUAGUGAUGAGGAGAAUGUUAUGACUACCUAUGCAAUGCAAAUUCCAAUUGAAACUAGUCAAUCACUAGUGUAUAAGGAAGAUGAAGUUUCAGAAUAUCCAGGUGUGGCUAAAUUAUGGCUGGGAAAAGACUAUGUAAAUUUUAUUGUUAAAGACUUUAAUGAUCUCGAAAAACCUUAUCAAGAUCUAGUAGAUAGAAGCAACACUCCCAGAAUGCCAUGGCACGAUGUAGGAGUUAUGGUACAAGGUGCAACAGCAAGAGAUGUUGCCAGACAUUUUAUUCAACGUUGGAAUGCAAUUAAGAUGGAAAAAGCAAAAUUAAAUUCAUGUUAUCCAUUUUUGCUUCCAAAAACGUACAAUAAUUGCAAUAGUUCUGUACCAUUUAUUGAGAAAUCUACUAUACACAACGUCAACUGUCAAGUAUUAAGAUCAGUUAGUUCUUGGUCGGCUGGUUUUCUCGACUCACAAACAAUAGAGCGAAGUAUUCAAGAAGCUUAUAUUGAGGCUAUUAGUAAAGCAGAAAGGUAUAUAUACAUAGAGAACCAAUUUUUUAUAACACUUGCAUCCAUGCAACGAUCUGCAGUAAAAAAUCGUAUUGGAGAAACAUUAUUGAAACGCAUUUUAAGAGCACACCGUGAGGGUGCAGUAUUUAGAGUAUUUGUAAUAAUGCCUUUAUUACCAGGUUUUGAAGGCGAAGUUGGAGGACCAACUGGUACUGCUCUACGUGCUAUUACUCAUUGGAAUUAUGCUUCUAUAUCAAGGGGUAAAGAUGCUAUUUUAAGUCGGCUAAUUGAAGCAGGAAUAGAGGAUCCUGGAGAGUACAUUACAUUCCAUGGUUUAAGGACGCACGCAAUGUUAAAUGGUACAUUAGUGACAGAAUUAAUAUAUGUUCACAGCAAGCUAUUAAUUGUGGAUGAUAAUACUGUCAUCUGUGGUUCUGCUAAUAUUAAUGAUAGAAGCAUGACAGCAACAAGGGACAGCGAAAUUGCAGUAAUAAUUCAUGAUCAAGAAUUUGAAGAAGGAAGAAUGAAUGAUAUACCGUUUCCUUGUGGUAAAUUUGCAGGAUCAUUGCGGAAACAAUUAAUUUCUGAACAUUUGGGAUUAUUUAAAACAAAUGAAGAUAUAGAUGUAACUGAUAUAAUUAAAAAAUCAUUCUACAAAGAUGUAUGGUGUGCUAGGAGUAAUCGAAACACAGAAAUCUAUGAAAAAGUAUUUCAUGUUAUUCCGACAGAUAAAGUUGUUAAUUUUUCUAUGCUAAAGCAAUAUCAAGAUGAGGAGCCACUUUCUUCUUCGAAUACACUUUUGGCCCAAGAAAUGGUUGAACAGAUUAAGGGUCAUUUAGUAAACAUGCCAUUGCACUUUUUAUGCAAUGAGGAUUUGAAACCAGCUGCUGGUACAGUGGAAGGAAUGAUGCCAACAGCACUGUGGACUUGAAUUUUUGACAUUCGAAUCCAAUAUUAAUGAAAUCAGUGAUUUUAAUAUUUUUUACAAUUGUAUACAAGUUAAUCUAUUUUUAAGUAUUUUAUUGACCAAAGUACAAACGAUCACUCUGUGCUUAUGACUAGAUAUUUCAUUAUAUGUAUAAACUGCUAGAACUAAGGUUGUAUAUCACUAUUACUUAAAAGCAUUUAGGAUAUUUGAGAGCAUAAAGAAUUAAGAUGAAUAAAAUGCUAAUGAAAAUUCA